GUAAUUAUAAGUAUUCAGGAAAAGGAUAAACCUUUAGACAAUCACAUUCUUGCAUCUCCUCGCUAUUAUUGUCUCAAAGAUAGAAGUUACAUUAUACUAGGUGGACUGGGUGGAUUUGGGUUGGAGUUAACCGACUGGCUGAUAUUUCGAGGCGCUAGGAACGUCAUAUUGAUUUCACGAACUGGAAUAAAAAACGGUUACCAGCGCAUGAAAGUUCGACUGUGGAAAUCAUACGGUGUAAAUGUUCUGAUUAUCAAGGACAUUGAUGUUGCUAACGCUCAAGAUUGCGAAUAUCUCUUACAAACAGCGGAAAGAGAAGGACCAGUAGACGCGAUAUUCAAUCUUGGUGUUGUAUUGAAGGACGGUAUUCUAAAGAAUCAAACUGCUGAAACCUUUGCAGAGUCCUUCCAAUCGAAGGCUCGAGCAACUAAAAUAUUGGAUAAACUUACUAGAAAAAUCUGCCCUAAACUUCGACAUUUCAUA